UCCAUUUCUAAAAAAACUUUCUCUCUCUAAAAAACUCAAACCAAAACGAAGCUGAGUCCACUCGUCGCAACUUUUUCCUUCUGAAUCGUUUCAAAUUUUUCCACUGUUUUUCCCCCUAUUUGUUUAUAUAAUUCAUCGAUUCUUAUUUUCGUUGUUGCGAUUCUCUUGUUCUCUGUGGUUCGUACUGUACGACGUCGUUGGUACGAAUUCAUCGCCGUCGCGCCGGUACGAAAGGGGUUGGUUGCUGCGUCGUCGUAUUAUUGAAGGAUGGCUGCCGGAGUAGAGUUGCCGGAGGGGAGAGCCGGCGGUGGUGGCGGAAUUGCGAUGGAAUUCCCGGUCGGCGACGAUGAAUCUUUCUCGUCGCCGCCAAGGGUGCCGAAGAGACUCCGGCGACGGCUUCUUGACGCGGAGUUCAAGUCCCCGAGUACGGUGGAGGAAAUCGAAGCCAAGCUUCGCGACGCGGAUCUUCGCAGACAGAAAUAUUAUGAGAAACUGUCAAGCAAGGCACGUGCGAAGCCAAGAAGCCCGCAACGGUGUUCAUCUCAGGAGGAAGAUCUUGGUCAACGACUAGAAGCAAAGUUGCAAGCUGCUGAACAGAAGAGGUUGAGCAUUUUGGCAAAGGCCCAGACGCGCUUAGCAAGGCUGGACAAAUUGCGUCAAGCUGCGAAAACUGGAGUUGAAAUGCGCUACGAGAAUGAACGUGCGAAGCUGGGGACGAAAGUGGAAUCACGUGUUCAGCAGGCAGAGGCCAAUAGGAUGCUGAUCCUCAAGGCUUACAGGCAGAGAAGGGCAUCUAUUAGAGAAAGGUCAUCUCAGUCAUUGAUGAGAAGGAUGGCUCGAGAGAGCAAAUAUAAGGAGUGUGUCCGAGCUGCAAUUCACCAAAAACGAGCUGCUGCUGAAACAAAACGACUUGGGUUGCUAGAAGCUGAGAAGAAGAGGGCACAUGCUCGAGUUUCACAGGUGAGACAUGUGGCAAAGUCUGUAUCUCACCAGCGUGAGAUAGAGAGAAGGAAAAAGAAGGAUGAAUUGGAAGAUCGAUUACAAAAGGCGAAAAGACAAAGAGCUGAAUAUCUCAGGCAGAGGGGAAGGUUACAUGCUUAUGCACAAGAGAAUUGGAAUAGAAUGCCAAAGCAAGCAGAAUAUCUUUUCGGAAAAAUAGCAAGGUGCUGGAGGCAAUUCCUGAGGCAGAAGAGAACAACCUUUACCUUGGCAAAGGCGUAUGACGUGCUGGGGAUCAAUGAGAAAUCUGUCAAGUCAAUGCCAUUUGAACAGCUUGCUCUUCUGAUUGAAUCAGCUUCUACUCUUCAGACUGUAAAAACUUUACUAGAUCGGAUUGAGAGCCGCCUCGAAGUGUCUACAGCGGUUGCUCGUGCCAGUUUUUUGUCUAGCUUGGAUAACAUUGAUCAUCUUCUUAAACGGGUUGCUUCCCCGAAGAAAAGGGUUACUCCCAGGAGUUCUGUGAGAAGCAGGGAGGCAAAGAAAGUAGAUUCUGUCAGGGAGUCAAAGAAUAGCUUAGCUAGAUUAUCAAGGUAUCCUGUGAGAAUUGUUCUGUGUGCUUAUAUGAUAUUAGGUCAUCCAGAUGCAGUGUUCAGUGGUAUGGGAGAGCGUGAGAUUGCUCUGGCCAAGUCUGCACAAGAAUUUGUCCAAAUGUUUGAGCUGUUGAUUAAGAUUAUCCUUGAUGGGCCAAUACAGAGUUCUGCUGAAGAGUCUGUCUCGGCAGUUAUGAAGCAAUGUACCUUCAGAUCUCAGCUUGCUGCUUUUGAUAAAGCAUGGUGCUCAUACUUGAAUUGUUUUGUGGUCUGGAAGGUUAAGGAUGCUCGAUUACUGGAGGAGGAUUUGGUUAGAGCAGCUUGCCAGCUUGAGGCUUCUAUGAUUCAAACUUGCAAGUUAACUCCAGAAGGAGUUGGUCAGCUUAGUCAUGAUAUGAAAGCUAUUCAGCAUCAGGUUACUGAAGAUCAGAAACUGUUGAGAGAAAAGGUGCAUCACCUAAGUGGAGAUGCUGGGAUUGAGCGUAUGGAAUGUGCACUAUCUGAAACAAGAUCUAGAUACUUAAGAGUGAAGGAUAAUGGAAGCCCAGUGAAUUUUCCAAUGACUCAGUCUGUGACUCCAAGCCCAACUCCACUCUCUACUGUUGCCAGCUCAAGUGAAAGAAAUAUUUCAGAUGAGAGUAAUAAUAAGACAAGCCGAGUAGUUCGCUCCCUUUUUAAGGAGACCCACACUUCCACUGGAGAGUUCAGCCUCUCUGCACCUAGAACCAGUUCAGAUAGCCAGCUUGGCUCUUCCUCUGGAAAGUUGGUAACAGAGAAUGAAGUUCUUGUAAAUGAAUUUCUUCAUGAGCAUCACCGUAGUUUUGCUGAUGGCUUUGAUGUUGCUGAUCACAUUCAAAACAGCAUUGAGGGGAAAAUAAAACAGACAAUGGAAAAGGCCUUUUGGGAUGGUAUCAUGGAAUCUGUUAAGCAUGAUCAGCCCAACUACGAUCAAAUUGUUCAACUCAUGGAAGAGGUUAGGGAUGAAAUUUGUGAGAUAGCUCCAAAAAGCUGGAAGGAGGAUGUAUUUGCAGCCAUUGAUUUAGAAAUGCUUUCUCAGGUGCUGAUAUCGGGUAACCUGGAUGUUGAUUACCUAGGAAAAAUUCUUGAGUUUUCAUUAGUCAGUUUGCAGAAGCUCUCAUCUCCAGCCAAUGAGGAGAUAAUGAAGGCCACACACAAGAAAUUAUUUUCCGAGUUGAGUGAAAUAUGUCGAUCUAGAGACGAGUCACACAAUUCUUGUGUUAUAGCCUUGGUGAAAGGUUUGCAAUUUGUCCUCGAACAGAUUCAGAUUCUUAAGAAAGAGAUAAGCAAAGCUCGCAUAAGAUUAAUGGAGCCUUUGGUUAAGGGGCCUGCUGGUCUGGACUACCUGAGGAAUGCCUUUGCUAACAAAUAUGGAGCUCCAUCUGAUGCCAAUACCUCUUUGCCUUCAACACUGAGAUGGCUUUCAUCUGUUUGGAAUUGCAAAGAUCAGGAAUGGGAAGAACAUGUCAUUUCCUCCUCAGCAUUGGAUGAUAAUUCAUCCCAAGAAUGGCUUCCUUCAACUACUCUCAGAACUGGGGGAAAUAUUCUACUGAAAGCUGGCAGUCCAGUGGCCUUUUCUCCUGAUGAUGCAAAUGCUAAAGGUAAUCAGCAGCCAGAAUGCAAAGGAGAAAAAGUUGAUCUAGUUGUGAGGCUUGGUUUGCUAAAAUUAGUGAGUGGAAUAUCUGGUUUGACACAAGAUGAUCUACCAGAAACUUUAUCUCUUAACUUCUCCAGGCUGAGGUCCGUUCAGGCUCAAAUUCAGAAGAUUGUUGUGAUUUCUACGAGCAUUCUUAUAUGCCGCCAGAUUCUCCUGAGUGAAAAGGCGAUAGCUAGCCCUGCAGAUAUGGAAAACGUAGUGUCCAAGUGUGCUGAAGACCUAUUGGAUCUCUUAGACCGUGUUGAAGAUGCUGAUAUUGAAGAUAUUGUGGAAGUGAUUUGCAAUUUGCCCACAGUUGACGGUGAAGAUAAGGGGAAAAUUCAGUCAAGGAAGGUAGUUGCUGCCAGGAUGCUAGGAAAGAGCUUACAAGCUGGGGAUGCUGUGUUUGAGAGGGUUUUUAGUGCUGUCUAUUCAGCUUUGCGCGUAGUUGUGCUUGGGGGAAGUGGAGCCCGUGGGAGGAAAUUAGCAGAAAUGGCUCUUCUGAAAGUAGGGGCUGGUGUUCUGACUGAGAGAGUAGUGGAAGCUGCUUGUGUUUUGAUUGUGGCAGCCACUAUAUCAGUUAGUGUUCAUGGGCCAUGGUAUAUAUAUUUGACCAGUAAUUUAUAAUUUGGUAAGUCCAUGAAUAAUAAUAUAUAUGCACAUUUGUACAUAAGGAGUGUGUAAAGUCAGCUGUGUAUCUUAGGUAUAUUAUGUAGAGAUAAGUGAUAUUGUGUAUAGUAGAAUUCAUUUGAUGUAACGAACAAAAAUUCUACAACUUUAUUUAAAUUGCUAAUAUUGGUUCUAAAGUGUUUCC